AUGUGGGGCAAUAUCGGCUGUGUUCUUGUUUCUAUUGUAUUCGCCCACACAAUUGUAAUGGCUUUAGGUAAGUUGGACACCGAGGAGGACACGAGGGAAUCAGGUGAACACGAGGUCGAUGACGUAGAUUCCAACCGUACGAAAAUCGUAACGCAAGCAAAUAUAAGCGCCGACGGAGACAGAGAUGAAAGCGGGGAGCGCCUCGGCCCGGCAGUGACGCAGAUCUAUCACCACCCGUACGCCGCGUCGUUGCAAAAGAACGACGCUUAUGUCUGCAGUGCGGUUAUAUUGAACACGUACUGGUCGCUGACGCUGUCCAAAUGCUUCGAUUCAAACAUAAUAUCGUCGUAUGUUACCCAUAAAUCUCUCGGUAAUUACACGCUGCGGAUUGGCAGUUCAUAUAAUAACAAAAGCGGAUCAAUUCAGAAGAUAAAAUUGCUCAUCAACAAUUUCGACUUGAAAAUAUCCGCUGUGAAGUUAGUGGCGGCUAUCGAGUUCAGUUCGCGUGUCCGCUCCGUGAAUCUGCCCAGACCAGAGGACGAUGCCACUCUGGGCUAUUUGGCCUCUAUAUUGGCGUGGACUCCAAACGGGCAUUUACGAGUGUUGAACGCACCCAUAAUAGACCCGGCCAUUUGUGAAUCCGCUACGAAAAUGCUACCUGGACAUUACGUGUGCGUUGGCGGGGUCCAAGAUCCGAACAGGAAUUUUUGUAGACGCGACGACGGCGGCGCGGUGAUACAGAACAACACAUUGAUCGCAGUUGCGGCCUUCCUCCACACGUGUGCCGUGUACACACGCGCGCACGCCUUCCCGAAGGUGUCCAGUUUCGCGCGCUGGCUGGACUCGGUCAUAUGGGACGAGGACAACAGGCCGACGGGCCGCACGCUGUCCAUAGUGCACACGACAGUUCGGCCGAACGCGACAGAGAACGUUCCGGAAAACGCUCCAGAGUACCGGAGCGUGUACGGCGACCCGAGGAAUCAAAUAUUCUCUAUGCCCUUCGACCCCAUCAGCGUGCCACUGGAGCCGGCGGAGGACAACUCCGUGCUGCCGAGGAUGAGCCUCUACGAGUCCUAUCUACAGAGCGUGCAGAGGUCGAAGACCUCGACCACACCAGACCCGAACGCGGCGGAGAGCAUGAAGCAGGAGUGGCUAAGGAAGUUCGGCAAGAAGUACAACAUAAUGGUGGGGCCACAGGUGUACAAAACGAGCAACUACCAAGGGUACGACAUGAAU